AUGGGAAUCACCGACUCCGAUUCCGACUCCAAGCCAACGGGCACGCCAACUCCAGCACACGGGCUCGAGCUCGAUGCUGAUCGGAUAGCACGAGUUGACGCGACUUACGACCGAGCCGUUGGCACCGUCACGGACUUUGAGAAACAAAAGACGGCCGAAGGAGAAGCACACUUCCGCCGACUCGGCUGGAAGCGCCUGACUGUCAUCCUCGUCGUCGAAGCCAUCGGCCUUGGCACCUUCAGCCUUCCUGCCGCCUUUGCGACCCUUGGCGUCGUUGCGGGCACCUUCUGCUGCAUUGUCCUAGGACUGCUGGCCAUCUACACCGGGUACAUUGUUGGCAAGGUCUCGGUUGUUUAUCCAUCCAUUCACCACUAUGGCGACAUCGGCGGCCUGCUCAUGGGUCGGUUCGGAGAGGAGCUGUUCGGGUUCCUCUACGUCCUCCAGCUAAUCCUCAUGACAUCGUCCUUUAUGCUCACCGGAACAAUCGCAUUCAAUGUUUUGAGCGACUAUGGGGCCUGCGGCCUGGUCUUUAGCGUUGUCUCGGGCAUUCUGCUGUUCGUCCUAGCCAUUAUGCCUUCAUUCACCGAGGCUGCUAUCCUUGGCUAUCUUGACCUUGUCUCGGUCGUGUCAGCCAUUGGAAUUACCAUCAUCGCCAGCGGCAUAGAGGCCGCAGAUUCCCCAGGAGGUUUGGGCAAUGUCAACUGGUCAGCAUGGCCGGCCCCCGAUGCCACCUUCAAGGACGGCAUGGUGGCUAUCUGCAACAUGUUAUUCGCCUACUGCUUUGCCAUGUUUCUAACACCCUUCAUGUCCGAGAUGCAUACCCCGACCGAUUAUAUGAAGUCAGUCUGGACCCUGGGAAUCAUCGAAAUUGUCGUGUACACAGCCACUGGUGUACUCAUCUACGUCUUUGUCGGCGCCGACGUAGAGAGCCCGUCUCUACUGUCGCUCAGCAGCCUGCUAUCGAAGAUCGCGUUCGGCGUUGCACUGCCCAUCAUAUUUAUCAGCGGUGCCAUCGGGAAUACAGUCACUGCCCGAUACGUUCAUAUUCGGCUCUACAAAGAUUCUGUCACUCGCUUCAUCAACACUCCCAAGGGUUGGAUCACUUGGCUCGCCGUCCUAGCCGCCAUCACUGUCGUCUCGUGGAUUAUUGGUGAAGGCAUCCCCAUUUUCAAUGAUCUUCUUUCGCUCAGCUCGGCCCUCUUUGUAUCUGGAUUUGUGUUGUACUUCCCAGCCAUAAUGUGGUAUAAGCUUCUCUGCGAAGGUCAUUGGUAUGAGAGAAAGAAUCUGUUUCAUGCUUCUGCUUGCUUAUUUGCUUUUCUUUUUGGCCUCCUUGUCCUCUUUGGAGGGACAUACGCCAGUGUCAAGGACAUUCAACACCACUACGCAAUCGGCUCUAUCCGAUCACCCUUCUCUUGCUAA